GUUCGCAGACGGAGCUAAACCACUCGUGAGGAAAUUCACGUCAGCGAAGCGAAACAAACCACACGGGGAAACAAGUGCGUCGUGAAAACAACUUAAAACAAUUGCUUAACAUUUCAAGUGAUUUGUGACGUUUUAGGGAUUUUUAUCUGAAGAUAACGUGGUGCUGUCCAUAGAAUGCAUUAUUGUUUUUCGCCUCUUAUUUUUGGAGAGGUACGAAUCACUAUUUUGGGCAGGUGAAAGCUCUGACUUGCAUGGCUUUGAUGAAUGGGCUUAUGUUUCUCAGUACUGGCUGUCUUUUGAUAUAAGAAAUUAGCUACUGGAUCCAAGACCACAGACAUACUAAUCAAGUAUGCGCUUAACUGGAGUAGCCUACACUGGCGAGGUGUCCCUUGGAUCACCGCCGGGAUUACGUUGUCGUAAUGUUCAAUACUUCGGACGUCGAUCACACUUUCAAUAAGAGAGAGGAUGUUUCCGAAGUUAUCAAUGGCACUCUGGAGCUUGUCUACAACGUCACCGCUGAUCCUACAGUCAUGUGGAACGAUACGUGCGGGGAGACACUACUUGAUUUCGGCAGUGGAGAGAAGAUAAUUAUCGGAGUGAUGUUGGCCAUCAUCACAGCGGUCACUGUGAUGGGAAACACAUUGGUUGUCAUAGCGGUUUGCGUGGUGAAAAAACUAAGACAACCAUCAAACUAUCUUCUUGUGUCUCUGGCCGUAGCAGAUCUCUCCGUGGCAAUAGUUGUAAUGCCGUUUGUUAUAGUGACCGACCUAACUGGGGGCAAGUGGCUUUUUGGGGAGGUGUUUUGCAACAUCUUCAUUGGUAUGGAUGUAAUGUGCUGCACAGCCUCCAUCAUGACCCUGUGCGUGAUCAGCGUUGACAGGUAUCUGGGAAUCACGCGGCCCCUCACAUACCCAGCCAGGCAGAACGGCCAGCUGAUGGCCAAGAUGAUCCUGGGGGUGUGGUUGGUGUCCGCCUCCAUCACCCUGCCCCCCUUCUGUGGCUGGGCCAAGAAUGUCCACACGGGCGGCGUGUGCCUCAUCAGCCAGGACUUUGGCUACACCAUCUACUCCACGGCUGUGGCCUUCUACAUCCCCAUGCUCGUCAUGCUCUUUAUGUACUACAAGAUCUUCAGGGCCGCCCGCAAGAGCAGUCUCAAGCACCGCUUCACCGACUUUGCCCGGCGGGAGCGGUUGGAGACAGUGGCCAGUGAGGCGCUGAGGAUGCAGGGCCUGAAGCCGCAAGGUGUGGCCGAGGAGUGUGCGGCACUAUCCCGUCUGCUGUCCCGCGAGCGCCGCAACAUCUCCAUCUUCAAAAGGGAGCAGAAGGCGGCCACCACGCUGGGGGUGAUCGUCGGUGUGUUCUCUGUCUGCUGGCUGCCCUUCUUCAUUCUGUCCACAGCUAGGCCCUUCAUCUGCGGGGUGGAGUGCAGCUGCGUGCCCAUCUGGCUGGAAAGGUUCCUCCUCUGGCUGGGUUAUGCCAACUCCCUCAUGAACCCCUUCAUCUAUGCCUUCUUCAACCGGGAUCUGCGCUCCACCUACAAGGACCUGCUACGAUGCCGCUACCGCAACAUCAACCGACGCCUGUCCGCCGUGGGCGUGCAUGAGGCCCUCAAGGUGUAGGAGGAAGAGGACAAGGAUGACGAGGAGGAGAGUUUGGGGCCCCAGAAGCGUCCAAGGAAUUUUAAAUGCCGUCCUUAUUGCAAAGACUACUGGGAAGUGCAGUUUCUGUGGUUGUAUAAUGGAGGCUUAGAGGGAUGACCUAUGACCUGGCGGUAGUAUUGUAGAUAAAGACAGAGGCUGACUGUUACUUCCUCUCUAACCCACUGUAGAGGCACAGAGAUAAGGCCAUUACUUAGGUCUGUGUCUGUGUGACUCACUCAGUCAUUCUAUUUUGGGACCCAAAACCAUGGACCGUAUUUGACGGGCUAUUCAAGUUGACACUGGCUUUGUGCAUAUGCUACAGUUCAGUCCUGACUUCAUAUUCAUGUCAGGCGGAUGGUGCAUUGACUGGGGAAAUGACAUGCGGAUCCAGGUGAUAAUUCUGGGUCAUUCAAAGCAUGGGCUGCGAAUAGAUUUCUGCAUGAUGAUAUUUGCCAAAUUGAUGCUUGGGCAAGUAGGUGCCAGUGGCUAUUGACUUAAACCAGUGAAGGUCACGGAAUCGGUAUCUACAUAACUGUUUCCAGUUCAACUUCUCUGUGGUACAGUAGGUGAUGAUGGUGAACAAUUGAAAGUGGUCUGUAUAGGUAUAUGUGAAUCUAUUAUUUUGUGGAGGCAGUUAAGUGUUUUCUGUUUACCAACAAAAACACUGCAGAACAGAGGGGUAUACUACAAAGCAGGAUCAAGGAGCCUGAAUAUUCUGAAAAUGUUGAACGUUUUCAGAAAGAUUAUCUUGAAAUUGCCAUUGUCUCAUUGACUCAACAACCAAAAACACAUACAUGUAUCUUUGUUUAGCUUGAACCAGAAAAUCAUCAGUUAUUUCUAGUUGUUUAUCAAAGUUAGCUGGCUAACUCAUUGAAUCUGCUUUGUAGUAUACACCUCAGAAGGCACCUUCGCGUUGUCAUUUUAUUUCCAGACAUGCCUUUGACUGUCAGUUUCUCUAUUCAAUCAUUGAAUUGAAUACAUUGAUCUCUGCUGGCCAACAUCACUUAGGUAUUAAAGAGUUAACUACAAAGUCAACCCAAGAGACACACACAGACCCAAGAGACACACAAACACAGACCCAAGGGACACACACACACAGACCCAAGGGGGACACACACACAGACCCAAGAGA